AUGCAGACAGCUCCUUUAAAUCUGCUCCCAGCGCUGGAUCAUCUCAUCCUGCUCGUCAACGAUCCGCUUACCGCUUCUUUGCAGCGCGAGUCUGCCAUCGAACGCUCGAUCCUGAUCUUCUCCGAGCUCGGGUUUCAGGUUGUACGUGGCGGUACACAUGCAGACGGUCUCACAUCAAAUGCGCUGAUCGUCUUCCCGGAUGGAGUGUACAUCGAGCUGAUCCAAUUCGAGCCUGCGCCUGCACCAGGGUCAAGAGAGAAGCAGCACGAUUUUGAAUCACGACGCAAGCAGCACUGGUGGUACAAUACGCGACCAGGAUGGAUUGACUGGUGCCUGUUGGAUGGCAUCAGCGAUGGAGCAAUCGAAAGCAUCAAUCAAAAUGCACGACGGCUGCGCGAAUCUGCAGAGCAAGAACUGCAGAGUAGGCAGGAAGGGAAAGGUGAAACGAAAGUUGUCGCUCCUCGACUGCUGUACCAAAUACCACAAGAGGGCGGAAGGAGAACAAUGUCGGGAGACGAUAUCAAGUGGAAAGUGACCUUUCCCUCUCCUCCUUCCUUGUCUCCUUCUUCGAAGCUGCUGGUCGGCAACAUUCGUUCACACGUUCCGUUCUGGUGCGCAGAUCUUACACCUCGUCAUCUCCGCGUACCAAUGAGGUAUGCCCACCACGAAAACCAUUCACCAGGAAUCGCAGAAAUCACACUGAUCUACUCCCAAGACACCGUCACAGCCUACCUUGACGCCUCGCUCGCUCUCAAUCAACCAAUUCAGCCAAACACUCUUCCUAUCACUUCCGACUUUCAGCUCGUACCCAACGAAAUCCCACACCGAUUAAUUUCUUCACCAGCACUAACGCAGAAACCUGACGCAGACGUAGCAGCGGAUAUCGCUACCAGCUCGCAUCACGAAACACCUGCUGGAGGAAAAGGUUUGAUAAGAGUAGUGGUGAAGGUGGCGGAAGAUCAGGAAGAUAGAAAGUGGAUUGAAGAACAUGGAGAGGGGCUGUAUGAGGUUGCUAUUUACGUGGCUGCGGAUAAGUUGCCGCCUACUGCUCCUCCUGAUGGUAUUGAGAGAUCAACUUUCGAAGCUGGAUUCGGCCGAAUUCGGCUCAGUCCGAUCCUUCACUAA